GGGCGCCCAUGCAAAUGAGUUUGAUUGAGUAGAACAAGAGCGUGGGAAUGGCGCCUGCGCAGUGCGGCUGUGAGUGUGGCGCUGGCCCCUGAGCGCUGGCCCCUGGGAGUGCGAUUUGGUACCUGCGACUGUGCCGAGUGUCCUGCGACUUGGGUUCCGAGCUGCCUGCACUAUUCUGUAAGAGAAGAUGAUUGGGUUCUACAAGCCCAAGACCUACCGGAGCUCCCGGGGCUGCUGCAUCUGCAAAGCCAAAUCCUCCAGCUCCCGAUUCACCGACAGUCGGCGCUACGAGGGCGACUUCCAGAGCUGUUUUGGGAUUCAUGAAAGCCGCACGGGGGAUAUCUGUAAUGCUUGUGUCCUGCUGGUGAAAAGAUGGAAGAAACUCCCCAAUGGGUCCAAGAAGAACUGGAAUCAUGUGGUCGAUGCCCGGGGAGGGCCGAAUCUAAAAGCGAUGCGGGUGCGACCCAAAAAGAUCCGACCCUUUGCUUCUCGGAGACUGCAGAACAAGCAGGGGGCAGAGCUGAAGAGCAGUCUGUAUUCCGGAGCCCACAGCACUGCAUCCAGCGCCUCCCCAGAGCAUUCCUCCUCCUGCAGCAAUCACUCCGAUACCGACACCGACACGGAGCUGAGGGCUGCACCCAGCACCCACUCCGGCUUCUCCUUCCUAGACCCCACCUACUGGAAAAGGCAGAAGGUGUGCUGUGGGAUCGUCUAUGAAGGCCGCUACGGGGAGUUGCUCAUCGACGCUCAGCUCUUCAAACCCUGCUGCUCCAAUAAGAAGCCGGAGACCCAACAAACGGAGCCCGUGGACCCCCAGCAGCUCAGACCGACAUAAAGGAGAAUUUGUGUUUCUUGGGGGGGUGAGGGCUUUGGGGCCCAUCUGCCAAAGAACUCGCUGCAAUUUAUUAUUUUUCCCCCUGUCGAUGCCAGUUUCCUACUGUAUGUAGAUAUAUAAUAUAUUUAACGUAUAUAUUAUGGCUCUUACCCGCCCUGGGGGGGGGCAGCAAGAGAUUUGCCCGUGGGUGAUACGGUUUUUUCCUUUCCUCGUACUGACUAGAUGAGCGGACUCGUGUACAUAAGCUAUGGGCUAGUAUUUUUUAUAUUGUAUGUGUAUAAUACUGACGCCGAGGCCACUAUUUUUAUUUGUAACUGAAGUCUAUGCAUUUCUAUGAGAGUAUUUUUGUGGGUGUAAAUAUGACAUUUCCUUUGUGCCGCCAGUUUGUUUUUUGAGGCGGAGUCUCCUCCGUGCCUGUUUCUUUAACUAUGCAGUAAAGCAUUAGUUGGGGGGGUCACUAUCAUUAAGUUCCCUGUAGGGGGCAGCAGUGAGUCUGAUUGCUAUUGGAUUUAAUCCCUUCCUUCCACCCCUUAAGGGGUCACUGUGAGACUUGGCACAAGAGCAAUCUUCCCUCCUGGUAGGUGGAGCCAAGCUAAUUACAGAUGCAGGAACGUGCUCCAAUCAGAAUCCUACAUUUGGGUACUAUGUGCCCUUCCUGCCUGUAUAUAGGGGGAUUACUGGGCAGGUUUGUCUUGCAUCAGAAGGGCAGCUAUAAUGGGGUAUUGGGGGACUUAAAUGCCCCCUGCUCUGUUCUGUAAAGGGGGAGACGGGGCAAUGAACCCCAAGUUUCAUUAAAGGGUCUUCUUGUCCCUUUUACUAUAAUGUAUUUAUAUUCUAAGCCUUUUUUUAAUUGGUCUUCACUCUAUAUGGGUUUUUAAUUAUUUACCCUUGCUUUCCAGUAGCUGCCCAGUUUGGCAUUGCUGCAGCCAUGGGGUUGCUAGGGUCCAGUUAGCCCUAGCACCCAGGCAGUGGGUUGAAUAAAAUACUAAAAAUGAAUGAACCCCCCAUCUGCUGGGGUUAUUAACUGCCCCCUUGGAUGUUGUAAAGAGAAGACCAAUUGAAAAGACGCUUAGCAUAGGGCAUUCUGUAACAUACUAGAUAUUAAACUGAACUGGCCCUGGGGGGGGGGGGGGGGGGGGGGGGUAGGGUUUAACUGUUUGUUGCCCAGAGGGGUUCAUGGCAGCCAUGUUGUUCCUCGCUAUGCAGAGGGCACCGCUCAGACUUGGCGAAAGGGGAGGAGUCUCUGCCAAAUGAAGAAGCUUCGUUAAGGUUUAUCGGAAUCUAAUUUAUACUUGUUCCAUUCCCUUUAUCCUCCUCGUUACGGUUCGGCUCAUCGUGUUUCGGCAGCUAAAUAGGACUUUCCGGAUCCUGGGAAGCCCGGGAAUUGUUUCGGGGGGGGGGGGGGGGUAGUGUGUGACCCCCCUGAAUCUUUUUUUUUUUUUUUAACCUGUUGAUCUCCGUGUGAGAUUUCCGACGCUCAUGUUUAUACAUGGAUUUUUUUAUCAUGAAGAUUUUGUAGUUUCUGUAUAAGGAAUAUUAUUCUUCCUACAAUAAACUUUAUAUAUAUA